AUGUCUGAAAAUAAAUCAAUUUUGCAUGAACUUUAUGUGUUUUCUGAAUGGAAACCCGAACCAGAAUAUUUGCAAAAGCCUGACAGUAUAUUGCCAGAGAAUAUAUCGAGCUUAUGGCGAUGGUUAAAGUUUUUUGGAGCAAAGAAAAGUUUAAUUGAUAGUAUAACUGCGCAUAAAGAAAAGCAACAGAAAUGGCAUAUAGCUUUAGGAGAUGAAGGGAAAGUCAUAGCAGUUCUAACAGACAAUAUAUUAGAAAUUCGAACUAAGAGAUCAGAGUAUUCCACAAUUGCAGCUAGGACUACAGUGGCUCGGGAUGCCUACUCACAAUGGAGAAAAGUAGUGUGGAGUCCUGAUUGUUCAUUCUUAGUCAUAGCUUAUGGCAAUGGUGUUGUAAGCUUCUUUGAUUUAACAGCAUCCAAUCUUUUCAACAUUCCUGCUGAUUGUUCUAAGCCAGGAGGCUUAGAAUGUACAGACAACACACAUGCAGUUUCUGACAUUAUAUUUAUGCCACUUAGAGUUAAGGAUACAAAAUGGAACUGGGAGGUGGUGGUGGUGACGUUCGACGGGCAGCUGCGCGGCUACCUGGUGUCGCAGACGGAGGGCUUCAAGCUGCACCACACGUUCCGGUUCGCGGGCGGCGUGGCGGCCGCCUGCUACUGCCGCCCGCACGCCUCGCUCUACGUGGCCGGCGUGCCGCGCCCCGCCCGGGCCAACAGAGACGAGCCGUCAGCCGCCAGUAUGGGUUUGACGGCGUGGCGGGUGCUGAACGAUGAGCCUUUCUACAAGCUGUCCGUGGUGUCGGACGAGCUGGACGCGCGCCGAGCCAACGACCCCUUCCAGCUCUAUCUACCUUUCGUCUUCAACAAUAACCUGGACUUCAUCGUGCGCAUGGAGGUGUCGGCGCGCGGCGGGCGGCUGGCGUGCGCGCACGCGUCGGGCGCCGUGUCGCUGUGGCGGCUGCCGGCGCUGCGCUGCGAGCGCUGCGUGCCGCUGCCGCAGCAGCCGCAGCACGCGCUGCGCAGCCCGCUCGCGCCGCCCGCGCCGCGCCCCGCCGACGGGGACGGCGCCGCGCGCGUGGCCGACCUCGCCUGGUGGACCGAGGAGGAAAUAAUAUUGUCUCGCUUCAGCGGCGCCGUGUCUGUGUGCGAAUUGGAGAACUUGCAAAACAUUCUUGGAAAGAAACCAGAAUUCUUCCAAGGAACACCGCGGAUCACGAACGCCUAUAAUGGUGUCUUCAUGGCGUUGGAGUGCGAAACAAAUGUCGUUCCGGCGAAGAAGUCUCGUAGCGACGAAUCUAUGGAGGUGGUAAAAGCGGACGAAGAAGUGGACGACUCCAUGUUGGAGCUAGCGAAGGAGCUGUUCAAGUCGGUGUUAUACGCCAUUACAGACAUAGAGACGUUCCAGCCGAGACCCAAGAGGAUCACCGUGGUGUCGCGUGUGUACCGCCUGCUGGCUGUGAAGAGCACCACGCCCGAGGAGCUGUUCUCCAGGAAGAUCGAAAGCGGCAACUACACGGAGGCGCUGUCCCUGGCGCAGACCUUUAACCUGGACAGUGACCAGGUGUACCAGCAGCAGUGGCGGAAAAACCCUGUGUCCACUGAGGCCAUCCAAAAUUACUUGAGCAAAGUGCGUAAGAAGAUUUGGGCAGUGCACCAGUGUGUCGACCGGCUGCCCGAGUCGCUGGCGGCUGCACACGAACUGUUACAAUUCGGCUUGCAGCUCACCCAGCAGAAAAUUCUGGAGGAGAUCAAUAACGACCUACCAGAGGAACAGUGGAAGGUGGCUGAGGAAGUGACGCUAGAGGAUCUGAACGCUUACACUUGUGAACUGCUUCGUUGUAGGCACGUCAUGCUGUUCUACAAGGAACGCCUCAGUCUCUACGAGGCUAUACUUCGUUGCGAGAAAUCAACUUACGUGAAGGAUGAAUACGACAGACUUAGAAGCAAUAGUAUCGUUCACAGCGCUAUGGAGAUCGCUAAAGAGGGGCGAAUAGAAGCGCUCACUUGCCUCUGGCCAUACAUAAAGAGCUUACCAAUGCAGCUAGCAGUUUUGGACAAGAUACCGGAAACAAUCUGCCCCUUGACCUACCAACACUUGCUACCUACUAAGGAGCCUGUCGACUGGUUCGAGAAAAAAUCUCCAAUAAAGAUUAAGCCAUCGGAACAUGAAAAUGAUUGGUGCAGGAAGGAGAUAUUUAGAUCGAUAUGGAGCUCAAACUGGUCGGAGGACACGACGCCGGAGGGCGAGGUUGCUGUGGGAGCGGGGGACGGGGAGGUAGAUCUAGGCGAGUGGUACGAGCGGCGCGCGCGCCACAUCGAGCAGCGCAGCGGCCUGGUCUCGCACGCGCUGCAGCUGGUGGCGGCCGGCGGGGAGGGCGGCGCGGUGCCCGGCCUCGACACCGUGCUGUUCCACCUGCGCACGCUGGACACGCUGCUGUACGACGUCAACGUGGAGGGCGUGGAGCUCGCCCACCUCGAGCGCCUCUCCAACCUCGACACCUGCAAGCUGCUCAUGAAGAUGUCGACACUGACGACGUUUGUUUCGGAUUUGAAGCGAUUCUUGAUACCAUUCCUGAAGCGUUACGAGAAAUUGACUAAACGUACCGGCGUCUGCCUCACGGGCCUGAUCGACUUCCUCGAAGACAUUAGUAAAGAAGACUUAUCCUACAUAUUAGUGGUGCUGCAGUCGCCCAAGCAGUUCGAGCUGGACGUGAGCACACACCUGGAACUGGUGGAGCGCUGCCUGUCCGCGCACUGCGGCACCGAACAGCUGGAUAUGGCCUGCGACCUGCUCCACACCAUCCUCAAGGAGACUGACGGCACCAUCUCGCACUCGGCGCUGGUGCGGCGCUGCGCGGAGCUGGAGCGGCUCGUGGCGGGCAGCGGGCGGCUGGCGUGGCGCGGCGUGCGCGUGCCGCCCUGCGAGCUGCAGCACCUCAACCAGGACCUGCCGCGCGCGCGCGCGCUGCUGGCGCGGGUGGCGCGCGGCCUGGCCGCCGGCUGCAGCACCUCAACCGGGACCUGCCGCGCGCGCGCGCGCUGCUGGCGCGGGUGGCGCGCGGCCUGGCCGCCGGCUGCAGCACCUCAACCGGGACCUGCUGCUGGCGCGGGUGGCGCGCGGCCUGGCCGCCGGGUGAGUGACGCUGGCGCCCUGCAGCUGCAGCACCUCAACCGGGACCUGCCGCGCGCGCGCGCGCUGCUGGCGCGGGUGGCGCGCGGCCUGGCCGCCGGCUGCAGCACCUCAACCGGGACCUGCCGCGCGCGCGCGCGCUGCUGGCGCGGGUGGCGCGCGGCCUGGCCGCCGGCUGCAGCACCUCAACCGGGACCUGCCGCGCGCGCGCGCGCUGCUGGCGCGGGUGGCGCGCGGCCUGGCCGCCGGGUGAGUGACGCUGGCGCCCUGCAGCUGCAGCACCUCAACCGGGACCUGCCGCGCGCGCGCGCGCUGCUGGCGCGGGUGGCGCGCGGCCUGGCCGCCGGAGACGAGAAACCAACUCAGCAAGACUGGGAAAAUCUUCUCAAGGACAUCCUUGAACUGCGUACUACUCUGUUCGAUUGCGUCUCGACGGAGGAAUGUUACGAGAUAUACGUAUCGUCGCUGCUGACAUCCGGCGACCCGGCCAGCAUCCGGCUAGCAGCUGACGUGCUGACCGUGUCCCCGACGGCGCGCGAUGAUAACAACUCGCAGUUCAAGAUUGACUACAAACGUAGUGUCGAACUAGUUUCCAGCGCCGCUAAAGAGUACUUUAAUUCUGCUUCAUCUCUUACUGAUCCAGCUUUGGAGAUAGCCAAGUGCUGUCUUUUACUAAUCGAGGAUGGUAACAAGGAAAUAGAGCAAGAGCUAGAUCUUAUUGCUGCCCUUCCAAUACUAAACGCUUUCAACUUUACCGCCCUACCUAUUCAAGUUCGACUAUGCGAGGACAAGAUGACGCUGAUAGACGAUUGUUUGACGGCAAAUCCGAAUGCGUAUUUAGCGAGCCAUAAAUUGCUAAAAUUAGCAAAACUUCUGCGGAUCGCAGGAGAUGAUGAUCAGACAAGGGAGGGCAUGGUGCUGACGGCAGUGGGCGAGCGCGCCCUCGAGGCGGGGGCGGCCGGAGGGGGCGCGGCGGCGGCGGCGGCACGACGUCUGGCCGCGCUGAGGUACGCGCCCGCCGCGCCGCUGCUGGCGCGCGUGGCGGCGCACGCGCACGCGCACGUGGACACGCCCGAGCGCAGCCGCCUGCUGGCCGCCGCGCUGGCCGCCGCGCCGCCGCACCGCCUGCACGACAUGCUGCACGCCAGGCUUAGUCUUGAGCUGGAAAGCUUGCAACAAAUGGGUGCAGCUUUGAAAGAGAACCAUCGCCUAGAAGCACGUUGGCCAUCCACCGAAGAUGAAUUCUCUGACGCUAUUACUACGCCAGUCAUAGAGAAAAAAGAUUUGGUAUCUCCCAUACAGCCCGAGAAAAAAGUUCCUCUACUCAAUUACUUAUUGGAGACAUUCCAAAGCAAACUCAAUAUAAGCGGUAAGUCGGUUCCUUCUGACACGAUGGAGCGCACGGUACACUGCCAGGAGUUCUACCGCUCGUUGUAUCCGGAGUUCGAUGUUAGCACCAACUACUACUGCUACGACCGCUUCUCCCUCCCCGACGACCUAGAUGGGGAGUCCAGUGUCGGCCAGUCGGUGCUCAAGUGGUUCUACAUACAGAACACGCUGGAGAACGGAGAGAUCAGCGAGUUGGAAACUGAGGUGGUGGCCAAGUGCGCCUUAGAGUUGCUGUACAAGGACACGGCGUUAAGCACGGCGUGUCUGCUGCGUGGGGGGGGCGAGGACCCGCGGGCGCGGCUGCUGCGCGCUCAACACUCGGAGGCAGCGGCCUCCGCCGCGCUGUACGCCGCGCUGGUGGCCGCCAGCGCGCCUGCGCAGCGAGACCACGCCUACCUGGCGGAGCCCAAGCAGAUGGCGUAUAAAACGUUGUCAGAGAACAGUGCAACAGAGGAACAAAUGUCAAUAAUAAGACAGUGUAUCGAAAAGCUGAGUGUUAUGGGCGAGGUGGAGAGGAUUCGCAAGCUGGGCGUCUCUGUCAACGGGCUGCUCUUUAAUGCAGACCAGGAGUACCGUCGGGAGGUCAUCUACCGAGUAGCCAAGGCGGGCGGCGAGGGCGGCGAGGGCGCGCGGCUGGCGGCGGCGCUGGCGCAGCGGCACGCGCUGGAGCCGCUCGCCGUGUGGCUGCAGCACGCCGCCGCCGCGCCCGCGCGCGCGCGCGCCGACACGCUGCCGCCCGGCGCCGCCGGCCGCCGCGCCUGCGACCGCAAAGUAAUGUUUAGUAUUCGAGACGCGCUGUGGCCGCUGAUUCCGGGCACCGACCACGCGGGUCUCAUCAACCUGUUCACGAUACUGAAGAGUGUCGACGACAAGACGCAGAUGUACGGCCUCACCGUCGCCGAACACAUUAAACUGCUAAAGAAGGCUAAGGCCGUUUCACAAGACCUAGACUACAAGCUGCUGCUAGGCCAGCCGUCCCCAGGGCAAUUAGCCAGCCACAUCCUGAGCCUGAUGAAGCCUGAGAACGUGGGCCUCCUUAUCAAGUUCCUGAGAACACUGCCGCCCGCCAUCAAGAUUCCGGUCUCCAUAAACUCGCUCUACACCAACUGGCUCACGAAGUAUUUUUUUAGUGCGUGUGGCGCGGGCAGCAGCAAGCGCUGGAUGCAGCAGUGGCGCCAGUGCGCGAGCUACUUCAACAAGCUGCCCAAGGACGAGCUGCUCGCCUUCGUGCGCCGCACCUGCUUCAGCGAGGACGCGCUGCUCAGAGUGCCGUCGGGAACGCGUAGUCUAAUGAUAUUACAAGCGGUGGACUACUGUCAACAAGAGCAAGAAAACGAUUACAAAUUCAACAAGAACUCGCAGUCCUGGGCUCAGGUGGGGCAACAACUGGCGCGCUGGGGGCGCUUCCUGGAGAACUUUCAUUCUGACAGCGUGCAGGCGCUCAUCGAGGCCUGCGACGAACCGCAACACGACGCCUGGCGAAAACUGGAAAUGAGCCACGGUGAAUUGGACUUGGUCCUGGAGGCGCUGGGGCAGCUGGUGCUGCGUGGACUGGUGAAUGCCGCCAGCCUGGCCUCGCUGCUGCAACUGCUGGCCGUGGACGCGGACGUGCCGCUAGUGCUCGAGCGACUGCUGCAGCACUGCGAGCAGCACCCAGACGACACGGGCGCGGCGGUGCAGCGCCUGGCGCAGUUCCAGGCGGCGGGCGCGCGUUUGCCCGACGCCACGCUAGAGCGCGGGCGAGCGCUGGGCGGGCGCGCGCCGGGCCCGCGCGCGCAGCUCAGCGUGCUGGCGCUGGCCGCGCGCCUCGCGCCCGCCGAGCUGCGCCAGCUGGCCGCCGCCGCGCGCGCCCUGCUGCGCGCCGACUGCCCGCAGCUCGACUGCGACGUCAUCGGCGGUACGUACAUACAUCUCAGCGUGCUGGCGCUGGCCGCGCGCCUCGCGCCCGCCGAGCUGCGCCAGCUGGCCGCCGCCGCGCGCGCCCUGCUGCGCGCCGACUGCCCGCAGCUCGACUGCGACGUCAUCGGCGGUACGUACAUACAUCUCAGCGUGCUGGCGCUGGCCGCGCGCCUCGCGCCCGCCGAGCUGCGCCAGCUGGCCGCCGCCGCGCGCGCCCUGCUGCGCGCCGACUGCCCGCAGCUCGACUGCGACGUCAUCGGCGGUACGUACAUACAUCUCAGCGUGCUGGCGCUGGCCGCGCGCCUCGCGCCCGCCGAGCUGCGCCAGCUGGCCGCCGCCGCGCGCGCCCUGCUGCGCGCCGACUGCCCGCAGCUCGACUGCGACGUCAUCGGCGGUACGUACAUACAUCUCAGCGUGCUGGCGCUGGCCGCGCGCCUCGCGCCCGCCGAGCUGCGCCAGCUGGCCGCCGCCGCGCGCGCCCUGCUGCGCGCCGACUGCCCGCAGCUCGACUGCGACGUCAUCGGCGGUACGUACAUACAUCUCAGCGUGCUGGCGCUGGCCGCGCGCCUCGCGCCCGCCGAGCUGCGCCAGCUGGCCGCCGCCGCGCGCGCCCUGCUGCGCGCCGACUGCCCGCAGCUCGACUGCGACGUCAUCGGCGGUACGUACAUACAUCUCAGCGUGCUGGCGCUGGCCGCGCGCCUCGCGCCCGCCGAGCUGCGCCAGCUGGCCGCCGCCGCGCGCGCCCUGCUGCGCGCCGACUGCCCGCAGCUCGACUGCGACGUCAUCGGCGGUACGUACAUACAUCUCAGCGUGCUGGCGCUGGCCGCGCGCCUCGCGCCCGCCGAGCUGCGCCAGCUGGCCGCCGCCGCGCGCGCCCUGCUGCGCGCCGACUGCCCGCAGCUCGACUGCGACGUCAUCGGCGGUACGUACAUACAUCUCAGCGUGCUGGCGCUGGCCGCGCGCCUCGCGCCCGCCGAGCUGCGCCAGCUGGCCGCCGCCGCGCGCGCCCUGCUGCGCGCCGACUGCCCGCAGCUCGACUGCGACGUCAUCGGCGGUACGUACAUACAUCUCAGCGUGCUGGCGCUGGCCGCGCGCCUCGCGCCCGCCGAGCUGCGCCAGCUGGCCGCCGCCGCGCGCGCCCUGCUGCGCGCCGACUGCCCGCAGCUCGACUGCGACGUCAUCGGCGGUACGUACAUACAUCUCAGCGUGCUGGCGCUGGCCGCGCGCCUCGCGCCCGCCGAGCUGCGCCAGCUGGCCGCCGCCGCGCGCGCCCUGCUGCGCGCCGACUGCCCGCAGCUCGACUGCGACGUCAUCGGCGGUACGUACAUACAUCUCAGCGUGCUGGCGCUGGCCGCGCGCCUCGCGCCCGCCGAGCUGCGCCAGCUGGCCGCCGCCGCGCGCGCCCUGCUGCGCGCCGACUGCCCGCAGCUCGACUGCGACGUCAUCGGCGGUACGUACAUACAUCUCAGCGUGCUGGCGCUGGCCGCGCGCCUCGCGCCCGCCGAGCUGCGCCAGCUGGCCGCCGCCGCGCGCGCCCUGCUGCGCGCCGACUGCCCGCAGCUCGACUGCGACGUCAUCGGCGGUACGUACAUACAUCUCAGCGUGCUGGCGCUGGCCGCGCGCCUCGCGCCCGCCGAGCUGCGCCAGCUGGCCGCCGCCGCGCGCGCCCUGCUGCGCGCCGACUGCCCGCAGCUCGACUGCGACGUCAUCGGCGGUACGUACAUACAUCUCAGCGUGCUGGCGCUGGCCGCGCGCCUCGCGCCCGCCGAGCUGCGCCAGCUGGCCGCCGCCGCGCGCGCCCUGCUGCGCGCCGACUGCCCGCAGCUCGACUGCGACGUCAUCGGCGGUACGUACAUACAUCUCAGCGUGCUGGCGCUGGCCGCGCGCCUCGCGCCCGCCGAGCUGCGCCAGCUGGCCGCCGCCGCGCGCGCCCUGCUGCGCGCCGACUGCCCGCAGCUCGACUGCGACGUCAUCGGCGGUACGUACAUACAUCUCAGCGUGCUGGCGCUGGCCGCGCGCCUCGCGCCCGCCGAGCUGCGCCAGCUGGCCGCCGCCGCGCGCGCCCUGCUGCGCGCCGACUGCCCGCAGCUCGACUGCGACGUCAUCGGCGGUACGUACAUACAUCUCAGCGUGCUGGCGCUGGCCGCGCGCCUCGCGCCCGCCGAGCUGCGCCAGCUGGCCGCCGCCGCGCGCGCCCUGCUGCGCGCCGACUGCCCGCAGCUCGACUGCGACGUCAUCGGCGGUACGUACAUACAUCUCAGCGUGCUGGCGCUGGCCGCGCGCCUCGCGCCCGCCGAGCUGCGCCAGCUGGCCGCCGCCGCGCGCGCCCUGCUGCGCGCCGACUGCCCGCAGCUCGACUGCGACGUCAUCGGCGGUACGUACAUACAUCUCAGCGUGCUGGCGCUGGCCGCGCGCCUCGCGCCCGCCGAGCUGCGCCAGCUGGCCGCCGCCGCGCGCGCCCUGCUGCGCGCCGACUGCCCGCAGCUCGACUGCGACGUCAUCGGCGGUACGUACAUACAUCUCAGCGUGCUGGCGCUGGCCGCGCGCCUCGCGCCCGCCGAGCUGCGCCAGCUGGCCGCCGCCGCGCGCGCCCUGCUGCGCGCCGACUGCCCGCAGCUCGACUGCGACGUCAUCGGCGGUACGUACAUACAUCUCAGCGUGCUGGCGCUGGCCGCGCGCCUCGCGCCCGCCGAGCUGCGCCAGCUGGCCGCCGCCGCGCGCGCCCUGCUGCGCGCCGACUGCCCGCAGCUCGACUGCGACGUCAUCGGCGGUACGUACAUACAUCUCAGCGUGCUGGCGCUGGCCGCGCGCCUCGCGCCCGCCGAGCUGCGCCAGCUGGCCGCCGCCGCGCGCGCCCUGCUGCGCGCCGACUGCCCGCAGCUCGACUGCGACGUCAUCGGCGGUACGUACAUACAUCUCAGCGUGCUGGCGCUGGCCGCGCGCCUCGCGCCCGCCGAGCUGCGCCAGCUGGCCGCCGCCGCGCGCGCCCUGCUGCGCGCCGACUGCCCGCAGCUCGACUGCGACGUCAUCGGCGGUACGUACAUACAUCUCAGCGUGCUGGCGCUGGCCGCGCGCCUCGCGCCCGCCGAGCUGCGCCAGCUGGCCGCCGCCGCGCGCGCCCUGCUGCGCGCCGACUGCCCGCAGCUCGACUGCGACGUCAUCGGCGGUACGUACAUACAUCUCAGCGUGCUGGCGCUGGCCGCGCGCCUCGCGCCCGCCGAGCUGCGCCAGCUGGCCGCCGCCGCGCGCGCCCUGCUGCGCGCCGACUGCCCGCAGCUCGACUGCGACGUCAUCGGCGGUACGUACAUACAUCUCAGCGUGCUGGCGCUGGCCGCGCGCCUCGCGCCCGCCGAGCUGCGCCAGCUGGCCGCCGCCGCGCGCGCCCUGCUGCGCGCCGACUGCCCGCAGCUCGACUGCGACGUCAUCGGCGGUACGUACAUACAUCUCAGCGUGCUGGCGCUGGCCGCGCGCCUCGCGCCCGCCGAGCUGCGCCAGCUGGCCGCCGCCGCGCGCGCCCUGCUGCGCGCCGACUGCCCGCAGCUCGACUGCGACGUCAUCGGCGGUACGUACAUACAUCUCAGCGUGCUGGCGCUGGCCGCGCGCCUCGCGCCCGCCGAGCUGCGCCAGCUGGCCGCCGCCGCGCGCGCCCUGCUGCGCGCCGACUGCCCGCAGCUCGACUGCGACGUCAUCGGCGGUACGUACAUACAUCUCAGCGUGCUGGCGCUGGCCGCGCGCCUCGCGCCCGCCGAGCUGCGCCAGCUGGCCGCCGCCGCGCGCGCCCUGCUGCGCGCCGACUGCCCGCAGCUCGACUGCGACGUCAUCGGCGGUACGUACAUACAUCUCAGCGUGCUGGCGCUGGCCGCGCGCCUCGCGCCCGCCGAGCUGCGCCAGCUGGCCGCCGCCGCGCGCGCCCUGCUGCGCGCCGACUGCCCGCAGCUCGACUGCGACGUCAUCGGCGGUACUUUAGAAUUGACUUAUUAUAAUGUAAGACAAAUGUAUUGUACAUUGGUUAAUGAAAUGCACUUUUUUUUAAAUUGUUUAGAUGAGAGUUUGCUGACACCGGAGGGUCGGUACGAGGUCUACGAGAAGUUGUUAAGUUUGUGCCAAACCUCCCAGCAGAAUAAGACGCUGGUAGACUUGCUCGCCUGCUGGCCGCCGACAUACAGGAGUGAGGGCGAGGGACGCGGCCUGCACUGCGAAUUUGUGCACCACUUGCUCACUUCGAACCAUGACCAGAAGGAAAACCUGAUACUCAUUAAGAUGCUGCAUACACGACCACUGCUUUCGGAGGAAGAAGUCGAUUGGAUAACGAAGAACGUAGAGUGUUCCUCGUUGGCGAAUGUAGUUUGGGUGAUACUACUCAACAAGUGCGAGAAUACUGAAAAACUUAUUAGAAGUUAUGUCUUAGAGCACAAGAAUUUAAUUCGAGAACAACAAUUCGAAGAUGAAUUAAUCAAAGAGAUAUUAGACCACGGUUACUUUAUCAAAAUGGUGUCUACUCCCGUAUACACGUUUAUAAUUCAAUAUAUACUUCAAAAUGAAGCUUUGAACAGGGAUGGUAACGUAUAUAAUGCAAAGUGGGCGACUAAAGAACUAGUAAAGGCUAAUUAUAUCGCCGAAGCUGGUACUUUGCGGCUCUUGUGUGACAGCGUUCCGUCUGCCCUUCGCGGCUUCUCACAGUCGGUGUUGUGUGGCAGGAAUAUGCCUAAGUAAAAUGUUAUAAUGGUGUCUAUAUUUAUAUCAGGUGUCUGUUGUUAAACAAUAUUUAAUAAAUUAUUAUUAAUCAAU